GAUAAAACUGCAUACCCAGCAAACACACCACGCUAUUUUCACGUUGCAAAAUAGUGAAAAUAAGGUGAAUGUUAUUUUCCAUGCUAUUUUCACGUUGCCUAAAAGUGAAAAUAAGGUGAAUGUUAAUUUCUACCAAAGUGCAACGUAGUAUCUACGGUGAGAGGUCCAUCCGCCUGACAAGGCUAUGAGUGUUGAUUGUGGUAGGAAUGUUAAUGCUUUGUGUUAUUAUGAUAAAAAACCUUACUGGAUACCUUAAGUUUUUUUGCAUUACAAUGUUGUUGUUAGACGUGCGUAUCACGUUGUCAUAACGUCCUGUUUCACUAUCAACUUUUGUAAUUCUGUUAGGCAAGAAUGAUUGAAUCAAGAGCAUAUGAAGAAUUUCUCACCAAAGUGCAACGUAGUAUCUACGGUGAGAGAGUCAUCCGCCUGACAAGGCUAUGAGUGUUGAUUGUGGUAGGAAUGUUAAUGCUUUGUGUUAUUAUGAUAAAAAAACUUUACUGGAUACCUUAAUUUUUUUGCAUUACGAUGUUGUUGUUAGACGUACGUAUCACGUUGUUAUAACGUCCUGUUUCGCUAUCAACUUUUGUAAUUUUGUUAGACAAGAAUGAUUGAAUCAAGAGCAUAUGAAGAAUUUCUCAUAACGUGUUGAUUGGGCUUAUUCUAUUCUGUUGCUCCUCACUUGAACAACCAAGGGACAAUCAAAAGAUUGUUAUAGCUUGAAAUUUAUGCCAUUUUUGCUUGCCUAUAUUUAGGUUAAUUUCUUAUAGUUAGCACAUUUCUUUGGGAUGCUAGUUUAUCAAUAUUACAGAAAGACAAAAAUAUUUCACCUCAAUCUCCUUUGGUUUACAAGUAAACUUAAAUGAAUCUUGAAAGACAUAACCACACCAGGUUCGGUUUCUGUAUAUUCGCCAAACGAUUAUUUUCAAGAAGCGCCGUUGCAAAGACUUUACAUAUCGAAUUCAAAUUGAGCUCGGCUACACGCUACGUGUCCGCCGUCCCCGUGAUCCAUCCCGGUUCCCAGCGUUUCCAAACUACGUUACGGUAAUAUAGUGCUUUUCUUAUGGAAAUUAAGGUAUAUACAUGAACUGUUGUGAUAUAUAACAUAGCAUGUAAAACAAUAAGUUAGCUAGAUGUUGCACAUGUUUUAGUAGUUAAAAGAACUAGAGUGAAGCUACCUGUAGGCUUAGUUAAUAUAAGUACCUACCUAGUCCGAGACAUGGUGGGUACCCUAUUUCUUGAGAAAUAGCAGUUUCCUAUGGUAAUUUGGUUGUUUAUUAACAAUUUAACAUUAGUUUUUAGGGGUCGGCUGUAAUUAACUUAGAAUUUGCCUUUGAACUCUAACCUACGGUAAGGGGGACCCGAUGGGAAUGUGGGAUUUUGGAUGGGGAGAAUUAGCAAGGCUAUGCCAUACAACUACUAGUUAUCCUACAGUAAGGGCGGCCGAUGGAAAUGCUGGUCUCUUAUGGAAUUAAAUACUAGGGGUUUAGACUUAGGCUAAUUUAAAUUUAAGUAGAUAAGGAUAUGGCUCCCAGGUUAGGUGGGGAACCUAGGUUAGCUGGUGUCCUUGUUUGUUUUCCUUUAUUUAUUUUAACACUUAAAAUUUUUAAAAUAUUGGUUUCUACAAUCACUUCCAUCAGAACAAAUCAAAGUACCUAUAAAUACACCAGUACUAGGUAAUUCCUAUUUUAUUCAUUACAAAUCUUGUGUAAUAGGUAGUAAACAUUUACCCACAUUUUAAUUGCUAACCCGGUCCGUCCCAACCAACUAUAGCUAAAGCCUCCAAAGGUAUGUUAGGGUACAAAUAAACAAAUGAAAGGAUAGGCUUCCUUGAAAUCUUAGCUAGCUUAAUUGGAGCCCUUAACGUACUGGACCCCACAUAAAGUAAACUAACCUAACCUAACAUGGGGCUACUGGACAUCCUCAUGAUGUAGAAUGAUCUCAUUGAAUAUUUUGUAACAUAACUAGAGGGCUUACCUACCCUAGACUUCCCACAGGGUAAACUAACCUAGCCUAUCAUUUUGUAAUUUAACCAACCCUUCCUGUAUAAUGCUUCAUGGGCUAAGCUUAGCUAAUACUUUCUCUGGUAUGGUAAAAUAAGGCUAGAAAUGCUUAGGGCUACAUUUAUGUGCAUUGUAUUGACUGAAGCAGUAAUAAAACCCAUCACCAGGUUUUAAGCAUAUAGGGUAAAAAACCACUGACUACCAACCCUUAUCACGCUGGACGGGUCUUAUUCACUCGAUAUUUAAUUGGUGAAACAAGAAUACAAUUACACAAAUUUGUUGGAUGAUACUUUUUUGCAAUUUAGUGUUUGCUAAAUAUUCGGCUGAUUUAAAUGUGAUUAUAUAAAUUUCAUAUCACUCAACUUGAAUAUUUUAACAGAUGUCGUUUGUGGUCGUGGAGUUUCUGCAUGAGGAAGCUGUGGAAGUAGUCCACAAGUCAUGGAUAGUGAAGAAAGAAAAUGUUGUGUAUUGUUACUGGCCUCCAAAGGCUGGUGCUUCAGCUAAAGUCAAGAGGGAAGAAAUGCCUGAUAAAGAAAGAUGGAAUCUACAUGAAAUUAGAUUAUUUUCAUUUGCUGAAACCUAUACUAAGGCUUUGGAACGGGCUAAGAGAGCAGAGGAUACAUCAAAUGUAGAAACAGACCAGGAAUGUCUCAAACGCAGAACUACCAAAAAGCCAGAUAAAUUUGGCUUCUCAGACAAUGAAGAGGAUGAUGAUGAAGAUGGUGAUAGUCUCCAGAUAUGCCGUACACCAACUGUUGCUAUGUUGCCACAGCCUCCUCAGCUCAAUGAAGCAAAUGGAGGAUUUGAUGCAUCUUCCAGAGACAGCUCUUCACUGCCCUACCAACGAAAAGUCCAUAGAAAUGGCAGUGUAGAGAACUACAAAUCAGAAUCCACUCCAGAGGUCUCACAAAGGUUUAAGGGAAAACUCCAGUUGAACAAAAGAUUAUCUCUAGUUGGAGCUGCAGAUGAGGCCACAUCUUCAAGAACUGCAGAUUUAGGUCUAAAAGAAUUUAUAGCUGUGUCAGAGGCAGAGGCUGCAGAUGCAAGGUACAGAGCUACAUUGUUGGCACGUCUCAAAACAAUUGAGGAAAAUCAGCGGCUGAUGGUAAACCUACUACAAUCUGUAGCUGCUUCUGUAGGGUCAGGAGGGGAGGAUGUGGAUGAUGUUUUGCCAGCCCCAGUAUGCAGUUUAGAGGAGCUGGAUGACUUGUGCACUAAGUUAACUGAUGAAACAUUCAAAAAGAAAUUGGUAAGAACAAGUUGUAUUAUCUUGGAGAUUAGGAACUGCUUUUUCAAGUGUUUUGGGGCUUCCAUUAUUUAUAGCAGACCGUUCUGGAUACUUUGAAUAUAGAUGUAAGGCUAGUUUUUAUGCAUGAGAAAAGUAAAUUUUAUCAUUUUCUUCUAUACAUCGCAGACACUGUAUUUGUCAUCAUAAGGAGGGCAUAGCCUUGGAGACACAGUUCGUAGGAUUAUUAAAAAGCUUGGAAGCAAUAGUGUGUGGUCCUCAUAUAGUCUAAAGGGAAGGAAAGGAAAGCUAGCAUUUACUGAUCUUCCUAUCUGCAAAGUUGUCAUCAGAGCAUGCUUAAGAAACUACAGAAAUGCAAAAUUAUCCGAAGUAGAAGGUGAAAUUAGUGAAGCCCUGAAGCAUGCCCCUAAAAGAAAAGGUGGCCUAAAGUACAAGGAUCCUGAGUCUAAAAGACCCAAUUAUUUAAUAGCACAAGAAUCAUCCGAUUCAUCAUCCGAUUCAGAAAACUAGGCGCAGAUUAAGUCAAGACAGAGUGCAAGGUGCAGUGGCCCAGGAAGGUCAUACAGUAUGAGGCCCUCCACACACACACUCCUGCCGUCAUACUUCCCACUCUCAAUACCACAUAACCAUCAUUUACCACCUGCUACUACGUACUUAAUGUAGUCAUUGUAGAUAUGCAAGCAAGUCAGUACCAAGUCUACCUCGCUCCA